UAAUCAAUAAAAAUUAAAAUUAAAAAAAAAGAUACAAGUAGAAAAUUUCUAACUAACCAAAUAAUCCAGUCAUAUUUAUAUAUAAAUGUAAAAGAAGAAGUUUGAGUUUGUAUUUGUAUGUAAUUUGACACUGACAGUUUUUACAGUGGAUUAUCAGAGAAAAAUAUAACAAUAAUUGUUUAAAUAGAUGUAAAUUAUAAAGAAAAUAUGGCAUUUUUAGAGUGGCGAAAGUUUCAUUUCUUCGAUUUAAAUGGGAACGUAGAUGAAGGCAAAAUAGGUGAAUUAUUCAAAGAAACAAAAGUGACUACAACAUCUAGUGGUAACAACCACCUUGUCCUCAGUGAUUCUCUUGGUCAGAUAUUCUUAGUAUCACGCUCAUGGCAUAUUAUUAAUUUCAGAGCAUAUGAAAUAAGUGUUGAUUUUACACAACAACUGAGAAAUGCUCCAUUACUAGUUACAAUUGGGCAAGAUGAACCUGGUGUCAAUCCUCUGAUCAAAGUUUGGGAUACCAGUAGGCUAGAUAAAAAUGGAUGUCCAUAUUGCUAUAGAAUUACAAGGGCAAUACCUGGAAAUAGACCAGUGCAAGCAAGUACUUUAUGUGUUCAUGAUAACUUACAGAUGAUGGCAGUAGGUUUUAUUGAUGGAUCUUUAAUCAUAUACAGAGGUGACAUUACUAGAGAUAGGAGUUCCAAACAAAAAGUAUUAAAAGCUUCUAAUUCAAUAAUUACUGGUUUAGCAUUCAAAACCACAGCAGCAAGUAUAUUUUUAUUUGCUGCUACAGAUACAACAGUUAUUGUUUAUAAUGUUACACAGAAAGACAAAGAGCAGAAGUAUCACUUGGAUAAUAUAGGCUGUGCUAAAAGAUGUUGUGUUUUAGCAGAAUCUAUGCAAGAAAGUCAUUUCAUGAUAGGUAGAGAUGAUGCAGUCUAUUGUUACACAUCAGAUGGUAGAGGUCCGUGUUAUGCAGUAGAUGGAGAAAAAGUAAUGUUGGAGUGGUUCAGAACAUACCUCAUUAUUAUAUCCAAGACAACUCGUUCUGCUAACUUAACAACAAUGCCUACAGAAAAUACUGUUAACAACUCUGAAAGUAAUCUAAUAACCGUUCUUGAUAUUCACAACAAGUUUAUAGUCUUUUCAACUACUAUGCCUAAAAUUAAGGCAAUUCUUAAUGAAUGGGGUGCUCUGUAUAUAUUGGAUGAUAAUAAUCAAUUGUAUCAUUUAGAUGAGAAGGACUUGCAAUCGAAAUUGUCUCUGUUAUUUAAAAAAAAUCUUUAUGAUAUUGCCAUUCGUAUUGCUAAAUCUCAGCAGUACGAUUCUGAAGGAUUGGUUAAUAUUUUCAAACAAUAUGGAGAUCAUUUAUGUGACAAAAGUGACUUUUCUGGAGCAAUUGAACAAUACAUAAAAACGAUUGGAAAACUAGAACCAAGCUAUGUAAUUAGAAAAUUUCUGGAUUCUCAACAUAUUGAAAAACUUACUAUGUACCUGCAAGCUCUACACAAACAAGGCCACGCUACUGAAGAUCACACAACACUACUUUUAAAUUGCUACACAAAAUUAAAUAACUCUAUUGGCCAGUCAGACAGUUUAAAGGAAUUUAUAUUAUCGAAAGAUGGUGAUUUUAGUUAUGAUGUUGAUGUUGCUAUCAAAGUUUGUCGACAAGGUAGUCCUGCAGAAGCAUUAAUGCUUUCGAAAAAACACGAGAAACAUGACUGGUACAUAAAAAUCCAAAUAGAAGAUCACAAAAAAUAUACAGAAGUUCUUGAAUACAUAUCAGAUUUAAAAUUUGAUGAGGCUGAACAUUAUAUGCGUAAAUACGGAACAAUUUUAGUUGAACAUGCACCACACGAAAGUACACAACUCUUAAAAAGAUUGUGUACAAAUUAUAAACCUUUAAAUGCUCCCAUAAUUUCUGAAAACUUGUUGGAAGGAAAAUUUGAUGUUACCUUAAGAGCCGAUCCUGAGGACUAUAUCCACUUAUUUUUAAAUAAUUCUGAAAGAUUGGUCGAAUUUUUAGAAUAUUUAAUGAAUGAGGGGUGUAUUUUGAGUAUGCCAGUUUAUAAUACUUUAUUGGAACAUUAUUUGCAUGUAUGGUCCACUUUAGAAAAUGUAGCUGAUAAAAAUAAAUUAUCACAAAAGAUUCUUAAAUUGAUGCAAAAUCCUGAUGUCAAGUACGAUAAAAGUCAGGCAUUGGUGGUGUGCCAUAUGAACUCAUUUAAGGAAGGAAUUUUGUAUUUGUAUGAGGAACAAAAGUUAUAUCAACAAAUUUUAAGGUAUCACAUGAGCAACAAUGAUUCAAAUUCUGUACUAGCAUGUUGCAGAAGGUUCGGUCAUCAAGAACCAACUCUUUGGGUCCAGGCUCUAUGGUCAUGUGUCAGAAAUUCUACCAAUCCCUCUAUGGAUCUAUUAAACGAGAUUUUAACUGUGAUAGCAAAAGAAAAACUUUUCUCUUCCCAACUAGUCAUUGACGCCAUCGGUACCGGUAAUGCCGAUAUAUCUUUGGGUCACAUUAGAUCUUACAUAACGAAUGAGUUACAACAGGAACAGAAAAAAACUAAAGAAAUCGCUGAUCUCACAUCUAAUUAUCGUAAGGACACUGAUAAGCUCAAAGAGCUGCUCGAAAAACUCAAAGGAGGGAUUAUUGAAAUCAGAGGAUCAAGGUGCGCCGCUUGUCAUCAUACUCUAGAAUUGCCGAAAAUCCACUUUUUGUGUGAACACAGUUUUCACCAACAUUGUUUUCAGAGCUUUUCAGACGAUGAAAAUGAAUGCCCUACUUGUCAGCCUGAAAAUAAGAACCUGAUUGAGCUACUCAAAGCUAGAGAAUACAAUAAAGACUUGCAUGAGACAUUUCAUUCCCAGUUAGAAAAAGCUCAUGAUGGUUUCUCAGUGGUAGCUGAAUAUUUAAGUAGAGGAGUUUUUAAUAGGUACAAGAUUAUAACCAGUGACACAAUUCAAAAAACUUUGGAAUUACCUGAGCGGAAUAAUAACACUAAACAGGAAUCUAAAAAAAGCGAGAAAGAUCUCUUGUUGUAUGGUGUAGGUGCUGAAGCAAGAUUAAGGCAGACUGAAGUUAAAAGUAAUCCAAGAGCAAUGCCUGUAUCAGAGGGAAGAAUGAGAAUACAAGAACAGAGAUAUAGCCAAUCUUUAGAAGCAAAUAUGACCCGUUAUGCCCCAAGAAAUGUAGAAACAAAAAAUAUGCAUCAACCAAAGAAUACGCAUCAGUCUUUAGUCAAAAAUCCUUUCGAUGAUGAAGACUAUGAUGAAUCAAAGAAUCCAUUUAAUGACGACGAAGAUGAUUCAGAUAAAAACAACCCUUUUCGUGAAGAGCUAAGACCUUAUUAG